CAGCAUAGCUGGGGCAAACAAUAUAAUGCUCUCGGUGCUCAGAAUCUCCAGGAUAGCUCAAGACAGGUGUAAAUAUUUUAGAGCCCAAAAAUUUCUCAGGACAAUUACGAGUGAUCCCACGCAUAACCGGUGGUGGAACAGAGAACGACAGAAAUCAGAGAAUUCUAAAACAAAUGUUCCAAAAUUUUUGAGAUACUGUGGAGCUUUUUUGAUUGCUGGAGGAUCUCUGGGGGUUUACUACUAUUUCAGAUCAGGAAAAAGCCAAGUGUACGCGUUGGAAAAUAUUCCUGGAGUGCACAAAGAUGGAUUGAAGAACUACACUAUCGAGGAGAUAGGGAAACAUGAUAAUGAGAAGGACGGGAUCUGGGUUUACUACAAGGAUGGGGUGUACGACAUCACAAGAUUUGUUUCUCAGCAUCCUGGAGGAUCAGGAAAGAUCAUGAUGGCAGCUGGAGGCUCGAUCGAACCAUUCUGGCUGAUCUUCGCUAAUCAUAACAUCCCGGAGAUUCAUCGUCUGUUGGAGUCCAUGAGAAUUGGUAACGUCGAUACAACUGGCGAGGAACAAUCCAAGGAGGAGGUGUACGAUCCUUACGGGGACGAACCCAAAAGGCAUAAGGCUCUCAAGGUCAACGGACUUAAGCCCUUCUGCGCCGAGCCACCAGCUUCAAUGAUGGUUGAGAGCUUCCUCACGCCAUUAGACCUCUUCUACGUGAGAAAUCAUCUGCCAGUUCCAAGAGUAGAUCCGAACGACUAUGAUCUUGAAAUCGCGAUUGAAGAGGACACGAAAAAAGUUUUGAAUCUCGAAUCAAUAAAAAAGUAUCCAAAAUACACAGUGACAACUGCCAUUAUGUGUGGGGGUAAUAGAAGAUCUGAAAUGAAUGCUGUAAAACCAUUACGAGGACUGAGUUGGAACGUGGGGGCAGUUGGGAACGCCUCAUGGUCGGGGGCUCGUCUCUCCGAUGUUUUGUCAGACCUGGGGAUCAACGAGGACGACUGGGCCCACGUGCAGUUCGAGGGCCUAGACUUGGACCCUUCUGGAGUGCCCUUCGGGGCCAGCAUCCCGAUCAGGAGGGCUCUUGACCCCAAGGCAGACGUAAUCCUUGCGUAUGAAAUGAAUGGCGAACCCCUCCCUCGAGACCACGGUUUCCCUGUCCGAGUGAUAGUUCCCGGAGUUGUUGGUGUUAGAAAUGUAAAGUGGUUGGCGAGAAUCAUCAUUUCAAAGGAGGAGAGUCCCUCCCAAUUCCAACGGGGGGAUUACAAGAGCUUUUCUCCCAGCACUGACUGGGACACUGUUGAUUUUUCAAAAGCCCCUGCCAUCCAGGAUAUGCCUGUGACUUCUGCUAUCUGCAAUAUUUCACCUGGGGAAACUGUUCGACUGAAAAAUGGAAAACUCAACGUCAAAGGAUAUGCUUGGUCAGGUGGAGGAAAUAAGAUAAUUCGUGUCGACCUCACAGCAGAUGAAGGGAAGACUUGGCACGUGGCGGAGCACAUUCAGCACGAUCCACAGGCGAAGGAGGGACGGCAUUGGGCAUGGAGUAUCUGGAGUGGAGACAUUCCAGUGGAUCCCAAUGCCUCUGAGGUGGAGAUAUGGGCUAAAGCUGUUGACUCCUCUUACAAUGUCCAGCCAGAGAGCUUUAAUAAUAUUUGGAAUCUCCGAGGAUUGCUCAGCAAUGCAUAUCACAGAGUGAAAGUCAAAGUUCAGACGUGAUUUGUUAAUUUAGAAUCAUUUUCACAUCAAUCAGUCUCAGUGGUUAGUAAAAAACAUCAUUGCAAGAUCAAUGUUUUUUAUUAUAUUGAACUAAUGUAUUUUCUCGUUUUCCUUUUUAUUGCACUAUACGAAUAAGGAAAAUAACUAUUUCGCUAUUUCCAUUUUAUGAAAUACAAUAUGAUAAGGGAAUCAUUAAUUUUGCAAUAUUUUAAGCAACUUUCUAAGUCAUCUUUUUAUGUUUAAAAUAAUGGUAGAAGAUUAAUAGUUUUUGUUCUCAUUACCGGAUUUUAUCAAGAGGAAAUGAGAAAAAUUGAGGGAUGGUCAGUAUGAUAAUGGAAAAAUCAAUGUUUAAUUUUUAUGGAAACUGUAAA